CAGUCUUUCACCGCCACCGCCACCGCCGCCAUCAUGCUCUGCCGAGUCGCCGCCGCCGCCGCCCUCGCUACCGUCGCCGCGUUGCUUUUGUGCUCCGGCGGCGCCCACGCCCAACAGCAAGGUGGCGCCGUGUCGGAGCUGUGCCUGGGCUGCAUCUGCGAGGCGGUGUCUGGCUGCAACCGCACGCUCACCUGCACCGGCGACGUGUGCGGCCUCUUUCGCAUCACGUGGGCCUACUGGGCCGACAGCGGCAAGCCCGUCAUCGCCGGCGACAACCCCGACGCCGACGGAGCGUACGCGCGGUGUGUGACCGACGCCUACUGCGCCGCGCGCGCCGUGCAGGGCUACAUGGCCAAGUUCGCCAAGGACUGCAACGGCGACGGCGCCAUCAACUGCGACGACUACGCGGCCAUCCACCGGUUGGGCGGCUACGGCUGCAACGGCAACGUGGACGCGGCCUACGCCAACCGCUACAACGCCUGCCGCAACACCGUCACCAGCCUCGGCCCCAUCUGAGCAGCGCAAGCGGGCGACGGGGCGCGUGUGGAACGCUGGGGACGACCAAAACGUUACGUUAGCUUCAUUGCGUAAGCCCCGUCAAAAGCCGCUUUUUGAAUACGGCUGACGACGAGUUUGACUAACCACGCUGGCGCAUUUACAAGACGAGGGCGAGGUUUCCACGUACGUGGUAUUACUAAAAACCCUGCACGGGUUAAUGCUGGGUUAAGUUAUACCAGCAACAUAAUCGCCUAUUCGCCUCGUUUUGCUUGCGCAUUUCCAAGUAGGCGACCGAGCUCUGGCGUAUCAACGAAUAAUGUGUAUCUGUUCCUUUAAAUACGCACGUUCCACACGCGUUCCAUUGGGCCAUUUGCUUUGGCGUUUGUCAAAAAAAAUACUGGUGCUCUCUCUCAUUACUGUACUCGCGCUGCUGCGAUGCCAUCAAUAAACAACUGCCGCACUCUUUUA